AUACAUUUGUGGACGCUCCCUUGAGGCUACAUAUAGGAGAUUUGGCAGAUAGUGAAACAAGCGUUUCCUCAACAUUUGUCAAGAAACUGAUCGACAUACCUGAAGCCGUACGUCAAAAGCGAACAGAGACAGAUACAGGGAAGAGGGACUCCCCUGGCAGAAGAGGUGCUACAGAUGGAGGGGGGAACUGGAACCCUCCGGAGCUCCCCUCGAGCCCAGCUGGGAGCCAAAGAGCAUGAGAAUGUCGUGACCAAAAGAAAAAAGAAACAGGGACCGGACAGUCCCAGCAGGAAAGUUCAAGGCAGAGAGAAGAAGAAAAGGAAAAAUCGUAGAAGAAAAAAGAGUGGGUCAAAUGUCAAAGGAGAUGCAGAUGCCAAAAGUGAAAGCACAGGAGCAGACAAGGUGGAUGUGGAGCCCAUAAGCAGCCAAAGUCAGGAGUGUGCACCUUUGGAACCACAACUUGUGGAUCCUCAACCUGAAGACAACUUGCAAAAAGUAGAAAAGAGCGGAGAGCAACACCACAAAGAUGCCACAAUGGUGCAAGCUCAGACUCAGACAAGGAAAAGUAGAAGCACCGACAGAGCCACACAAACUCCAGCUGUUAUUCAGAGCAGCAGGGAAACACAGACAGACCCACCUGUGCCAACACAAGAACACACACAGAGCGAGACAGAGCCACAACAAGACAAACAAACACCUGGAGUCAUGCUGCAAGACGACAACGCCAUGCAUGCUCCAUUAAGGCAAAAUGAAAGUCCAGACACUGACGGAGUGUCAUCAGGUUCAGCCAAGGAGCAUAACGCAAACCUAAAUAAGGAGUCAGAGCCUGAAGAGGAGAGUCCUUCAGCAAGAGGUGAACCCACAGACUCCCACGCUGCAAAAGGUACCAAGCCAACAUCUUACGCCAAAGCUGUGUCUGGAGAAGGAAACGUGGCAGAGAAAACCACCGAAACAUCCCGGAGCACACGUGAUCGCAGCCCAGUGACACCCCCACCUGCUGAGUUCACCUUUCACAUCUACGCUGUGCUGGACAAGAGGUUUAAAUUCAACCAACAACACGACAAGCUCACUCUGUUUGAUAAAACAGGGAAAUUACCCCUUCAGGUUACACAUUUUGUUGGUAAAAAUCAGGGAGGCUGUCUGGUAGAAGCAAACCUUUCCAUUGAAGAAACAAACUUGCCAAGAGGCCACUGGCUGACAUACCAGUAUGGUGUGAAGAAACAACACAAAGAGAUCAUAGAACUUGCCACAAGAUGGGUUCAUAUUCCACUGGACCCCAGCAUUAGAGAGCUGCACCUUUAUGAAGGCUUCAUUAGUUGUCAGGAGCAAAGUUUUUUGCAAACCGGCCUUGGCAUUAUGGGCUGGUGGAGAUCAAAAGGUGUGCAAGUGUCAGAUGCUUGGCAGGACUCAGCGACAACGCUGCUGAACACAGUCUUCCAGAAGUGGACUCCACUGGACAGACAGAGCACUCAGAGCCUUUGUGACAAACUGAAUCAUUUUGUGAUGAGUCUUGGAUCUGCACAUACAAGAGUGAUGUUCCCAGACAGAUCACCACCUCCAGUGGUCAAGACACAAGAGCUGAUUUCAGAGUAUCUGGUUCAGAUCUUAAAAGGAGAACCAAAGGAGAAGUUCCCUGGAAUCUACAGAAGGACAGGUCCCCUUGUUCUGGGCCUGUCUGUCUUCAUGGUUACAAGAAGCUGCAGCAUCAGCCUUGGAGUGAAAGGCUGGGCCGAGCUGUGUGCGCUGGUGUCCUCAGAGACGGCAAUGGACAAGAAAAACCUGGACGAACUGCUCAGCUCCUUCCACCACCCACAGAACACUGUGUUGGGUCUGAUUAACUGCUGUGCUCAGAACAUGGUGUCGGAGGUGGUCCUGCUCGUCCCUCUGCUUCUCAGACUCAGACAGCCAGGAGCCGACGCAGCCAAAGUGGGUCCAACUGUCGAGGAGAGCUGGUCAGAGCUUGGCACCAGUAUCAGCAGGUUCAGAGCGAACAUUCAGUCCUACUCUGACAAAAGAAAGAGGAUGCUGAAUUUGAUCAAGACACGCUUACAUGUGGCCGAAGGGAUGCCUCUGCUUCUGAUGAGCUGGUUAUCUUUUGUUGCACUUGAGGAUCUUCCUGAAUUCUCAGACCUGACAGGAAUACCUGCAGAACACCUGAUCCAGAGUCUAUUGUACAGGCUAUCAAAGCGUGACGAGCCAAGAGAUAACAACCGAGUGGAGGAGAUGGUCAAGCACACUCAGAAAGCCUUGAGCCAUGUACUGCUGCAGGUCGACAAAGAGAAGGACAGAAUGAUUGAAUGUGAACAUAUCAAAGCAGCCUUCAUGAGCAGCGUCGAUGUGGUGAUAAGCGUGUGCAGAGUGGCGCGGCUCGUCCCACAGUACCAGGCAGCAGUCCUGUCCCUCCAGCUAGUGUUGAAAAUGUCUGAGAUUGUCAAUGAUGCACUGAGAAACCAGUCCAGAGAUGAUGAGGUCGAGACCUUAAAACAGCAGCUGGUGGAGAAUCUACAUGCACUGCAGCAGCGAGUCAGUGAGUGGAGAGAUGACCUGCUGCAAAAACCGCUGCUGACACCAUCAAAAUCACUCAGCUACCCAAAGGAAAUUGAGAUGUGGGAUGCACUGCUGAAGGUGAAAUGCUCUACUGAGGAAGUUUCAUCUUGUUGGAGGCUGAGCUUGAAAAAAGACCUGACAAAGAGAAUUUCCAAGUCAAGUGAUGAGGAUAAAGUUCUGCUCUGCUGCCUUGAACCGACCUCGGCAGCUAUAAGGAAAAGCCAUGACAUUGCACAGAGCUGUUUCAACGAGCUGUGUCAGUCUGCUAUCAAGACAAUAUGCCAGAGACAGCAGGAGGGGGACCUGUUGCGGAGUCUCAACAAGGUGAAAGAGCUUCCUGCUGCCAUCGUGUCUGCCAUUGUGGUUGAGUCAGCAGCACGGUUUGGUGACAAUUGGGUGCUCCAGCUGCUCCAUCCACAGUCCGCCAUGAACCACUUACUGUCUCACGGUGAUUGGAAGUCGAUCCAGGUGGACGACUCUGCAGCGCAGAUUGUCCACAGCUGUGUGGUCGCAGUGCAAUCUCUGGUGGAGUCUCUGCUUCAAGGACACAUAGCCCUGGGACACCUGCAGACAUGCCUGAUCUACAAAGAGCAGUUUAAGAGGCUUUACUCGCACUACAAGAGAAAUACCAAAUCUGGGACUGUUCCUGUUGAUGCAGAGAUUAUUUUGGCUCAGAGAGAGAAGGAUCUGAACUCCUUCCUGCAGCGGAAAGAGCAGAUAGAUACACUGAUAAAGAUGAUUGCAAAGGUUACAGAAAGCAUCACAGUUCCUGAAAUGGCAGCUCUUAAGGAGCAGCAUGAUGCAGAUCUCCAGACUGUGAGCCUGAACAAACUGGUGCUAGUUCAGUCCUUUGAUGCUGAGGGGAAACUGACGAAGACGGGCCCUCCCCGGGUCCUCUGGUGUAAUGUCAGUCUGAAAGUCUUGAAAAUGGCCAGUGAGAUGCACAGACUGCAUCACAGCAACCUGAUUCUGUCUUCCUGGGUCAAAGGGGCUGCACGUUUGGCAUCAGCAAGGCAGCCCUCUGCAGCUCCUGUUCCGGUAUCACUUACACAGGUCUGUGAAUACAUCUGGGAUCCUCUGCUGACGGAGUUCUUGCAGCUCGGUGACAGCUUUGCAAAUGCAAACAUCACUUUCAAGCAGCUCGAUCAGGUUUUGGUGAAGUCGGGCGACCAGGGCGAUGGGGAACUAAUGAAGAAGGAGCUGAGUCUGAUGUCAGAGAUGUUGUCUGAGCCAGGAAGGUUCAGAUCUGAGGAGGACUGGGUGGAGCUGAGGCUCGGUCAGAUCCAAGAGUAUCGACAGCUCCAUGAGGCAGCAGCCGCAGCCAGUGCAGUGCGGAAGAUCGCUGAACAAAUGGAGCUUUCUGGGAACUUCACUGAAAUUGACACACUCAGCCAAAUGGUAGAAGAGCCCUUUAAGCAGAGGGCUCUGGGCUCUCUUAGUCCUGACCUGUUGCGUGCCAAACAGCAGCUCUCCUCAGUCACCAAGCAGCACACCGCCUGUCUGGAAGAGUUUCUAGCAAGCCAAGCUCUGAUCAUCUGGGUCAAAGAGAACCUUAAAAACAUGAGCGAUGUGAAGGUUUAUGUCGACCUGGCUUCCAUAUCCGCUGGAGAGAACGACACAGAGAUCGACCAGGUGGCCUGUUUCCAUGAUGCAGUGAUGGGCUAUGCUCCUCUGCUCUACUCCCUGUCCUCUCAAGCUGGCUUUGAGGAGUUCAUGAAAUGUGCUCGGCAGGUGUGGGACACCCAAAGUCGAGAUGGGAAGCUGCCUGACAAACUGAGAGAGUCUACACGGCUGCUUAGCUGGCUGAAAGCCUUGAAGGAGACCCAUGGCUCUGUAGAGCAGUCCUCCCUCUCCCUGGCUUCUGCUAUCAAUGCUCAUGGAGUUUAUCACAUAGGAUGGUCUAAAGAAAACACAGAAAAGAGGUGUCUACAAAACAUGGUGCAGGUCACAGUGAAAAGGGGCAGAGAGGAGAAGAGCUACAAGCUUGAAGCGCUGCUGGAGCUACAGAACAAACUCAUGCUCAUGUCGUCCAAAGGGGAGCAUGGCCGAGAGCAGGUCAACAGGUUCACAGAGGUUUUUGAAGGCGUUCAGAGACUUGGCAACAUUCUUCUCCAGAUGCAAACAUCUGGAAACAUGCUCUUCAGGGAGUGGCAUGCUGAAGCCCAGUGCUGUCCACUACAGCAACCAUGCAUCAAAGUGACCUACUUAUCUCUGAAGGGUAAGGAGAUGCAGUACUACGGCGAGCUGACCGAGCAGCUACAGAAGCUGGCUCACUCCAUGGACAGCUGCCAAAAGGAAUGGUGUGCCUUCAUCAGUCAGAUGCGCUCCAAGUUCAGUUUGCUUAACCACUACACCUCGGAGCAGAUGGUGUACCUGUGCCACUGGAUACACAAAGUGUGUCAUCGACAGGCAACAGUUCCUCAACAGUUAUGGCAUUUACUUUUUCCCAUAAAGCCUCAGUGCACCCUGGUUGAGGUCAGAGUCGCUUACAAUAAUGCAAGUAUGACCUCAAAGCAGGAUGAACUGGAAGAUGUUGAGUUUGAGGAUGAAGAGCUCCAACCUUCACCAGAACCCACUGAAGAGGACAUGGAGGAACCUCGUGAUUUAAUGGAAUUUUCCUCAGGGGACGAAAGUGAUGAUGAUGUUAUGAAAUAUGAUGAUCACUCUGAUAACAUCAGGCAGCGUGAUGACCUUGAAAGCCUCUGGAGUCACUUCAAGAAGGACAUGCCACAGUACCUCAGUGAGUACUUGGACAUCUCAAUGCUGGCCCACUUCCUCUCAUGUCUCUCUGAUAUGAACCAGCAACUCAUUAUCAGGAAUCUCCCACAGUUUCUCCAGGAGGGAAAGCCCAACCUUGUGCUUUGUCCUACUGCAGAAAUUUUUACCACCAUCAUUUCUUUGUAUAUGGAGAGUCCAGAGCAGCCUCUGCCAUCUGCCGAUGAGGUUCUAGUUUGCAGAGAGGAGACCACAGAGGAGGAGAUGGAGAUCUUUCUCCGCCGAACUCUUGGUCAAAGUUCGAGCCAAAACUGUCACAAAAUAUAUUCUCUUGUCAAUCCAGGGCUGCUGGGAUAUGAUGUCAGUGUGGCCCUUGGGGAGCUCUUUGAGGCCCUCGAGAGAAGUGCCAACCAACAGUAUCGUUUGGUAAUAGUGAGUCCAGUUGUGCACCAGCACAGAUAUGUACCCUCUUUCUUCAGCAGUGACAAAGUACAGGCUGGUGUGAGCCUAACGGCACAGACUGCCAGGAAAUAUCUACAUCACCACUUCAGACAAAACACACUCCCUCCAAACCCAGUCGCUCUGGUUUCUUCAGAACAACUCUCAGUCUGGAUGGUGUCAUCUGUAUGUCCUGCAGUUGGAAAAUCCCUUUAUGUGGAUCGUUUGUUUGAGAGGUUCCAGCAGAAAUCUCCCGGAGCAAAACAUAUUAGGAUCAGACUGAUUGAGCCAAGUGUUGAUGUAGACUCCUUGAUUAAAAGUCUGUCAGAGAAACUGGCACCACUGAGAGAGCAGGACCCUGUUCUCCUGCAUGUUGACACCGCUGGAGUCCGUGCAGGUCUGGAGGAGUUCCUGUUCCGUCUACUAGUGCUGGGCUGUCUGAGCAACAGCCACGGUGUGCUGUGGAGGAGGAACCCAGCUCACCUGAUCACUGUUGAGGUCCUGAAAACAUGCACACCCCUUCAAAACCAGCCAAAAGAGAUCAGUCUUGGGCUUCUUGACAUCCUGCCAAACAUCCACUGUAGACCUCCCAGAGAGGUGAACGAGCUGUUGGACGGUCAAAGGGUCCUGACAAAACAGACCUUUGAUCCACUCAUGGAUGAGGAGGAGUUUUGCAGUGAGGGGAUUCAGAGACCAUACCAAUACUUAAAGCUGUACAAGCAGAAACAGAACCUGGAUCGUUUUAAGUACCAGGAAGGGUCUCGAAUGGGGAAUCCUGUUGAUUGUCUCAAUCAUUUACUGUUAUACUGUGGAAUGCAAGAUCCAUCGUGGGCUGAGCUAAAGAACUUCUCCUGGUUUCUCAAUGUGCAGUUGAAAGACUGUGAGAACUCAGUUUUCUGUGAUCCAGAUUUUCUGGCUGAUCACUUGCCUGGUUUCAAGGGCUUUAUUGUGAAGUUCAUGAUUUUAAUGGCAAGAGAUUUUGCCUCUCCCUCUCUGAACACAUCUGAUCAAAGCUCCGUACUGCAUAUUGAAAACAUUGUAGAAGAUGACCUUCUUGCCCGACUGACAAUUCGUAAGCAUUGGGAAAAUGAGUCGCAUCCAUACAUUUUCUUUAAUGCGGACCGAUUCUCAAUGUCUUUCCUUGGCUUUAAUGUGGAGAAGUGUCCAAGGCAAAACACACUCAGUGCAGUUGAUCCUCAUAGCAACAGGGUCCUGAUAGAGAAUGUGAUGUCACAAAAACUUUUUCAAGGUUUGGAAAGGCAAGGGAUCUCUCUCAAAGAGAACUUUGACAAGUUGCCCCGUCCACACAAAAUCAAAAGGAUUUCAUGUGUUGUUGGUGCAAGCAAAGGAAUGAUGGAAAAGGGAUUUGAUCCUGACCCAACAUAUGAGCUCACUGCUGACAACGUAAUGAAGAUGUUGGCUAUACACAUGAGAUUUCGAUGUGGAAUUCCAGUUGUCAUCAUGGGAGAGACCGGCUGUGGAAAAACUCGACUAGUCCGUUUCCUCUGUGCUCUGGCGAGGGAUGAGAGGCCAAUAGAGAACAUGGUACUAGUCAAGGUACAUGGUGGAACUACAGCUGAGAUGAUCUACAGAAAGGUGAGGGAGGCAGAGAUCCUUGCUGAGGAAAACCGUAGAAUGCACAAGGUAGACACCAUUUUGUUUUUUGAUGAAGCCAACACCACAGAGGCUAUUUUUGCCAUCAAGGAAAUUCUGUGUGACCAAUCAGUGAAAGGAGAACCUUUGAAGGCUGACAGUGGCUUAAAAAUAAUAGCCGCUUGCAAUCCUUACAGGAAGCACUCCCCUGAAAUGGUGGAGCGUUUGGAACGUGCAGGAUUAGGAUACAGGGUGAAGGCAAAUGAAACAGAAGACCGCCUUGGCAGAGUCCCUCUGAGACAGCUGGUGUACAGAGUGCAUCCUCUGCCUCCAAGCAUGGCGUCUUUGGUGUGGGAUUUCGGCCAGCUGAGUGAUUCAACUGAACUUUCCUACAUCAGACAGAUUGUCCAGAAGAAAGUUAAUGACCAUUGUUUGCCAGUGGCUUGCAAGGACAUCAUUUCAAAUGUACUGGCAGCCUCCCAGAAAUAUAUGCGAAGUCGGAAAAAUGAGUGCAGUUUUGUGAGUCUCAGGGAUGUGGAGAGGUCUAUGAAUGUGCUUGUUUGGUUUUAUCAGCAUAGUGGGAUCCUUUUCAACAACUGCUCUUGUCUCAGUGAGGCUCAUAAGACACUGAAGUGCUUGAUUCUUGCAGUUGGAGUCUGCUACUACCCGUCUCUAGUGGGCAAGGAGGAGUACCUCUCUGUAAUUUGUAGGUACUUCCCAGACCCUCUCAGCUCUUCAACAGCACUGCAGGAAGAGAUUUCAUCCUGUCAAGAUUUCUUCCUUCAGAAUGUCCAGACAAGGGAGACCAUAGCCAAAAAUGUUGCACUCAAAGAGAACGUGUUUCUCAUGGUGAUUUGCAUUGAGCUCAGGAUUCCACUCUUUGUAGUUGGAAAGCCAGGCAGCUCAAAGUCACUUGCUAAGACAGUGGUUGCUGAUGCCAUGCAGGGCCAGAACUCCCAUUGUGAGCUGUUCAAGAAUCUUAAGCAAGUACAUAUGGUCUCGUUCCAGUGCAGUCCUCAUUCAAGUCCUGAGGGAAUCAUAGCGACCUUCAGGAACUGUGCCCGCUUUCAGAAGGACAAAAACAUGGAUGAGUAUGUAUCAGUGGUGGUGCUGGAUGAGAUUGGACUAGCGGAAGAUUCUCCUCAGAUGCCCCUGAAGACCCUUCAUCCUCUGCUGGAGGAUGGUUGUAUUGACAAUGACAAGCCAGAGCCACACAUGAAGGUUGGCUUUGUUGGUAUUUCCAACUGGGCUCUUGACCCAGCAAAGAUGAACAGAGGAAUAUUUGUGUCCAGAUGGGAUCCGAGUGAGGAUGAACUUGUGGAAACUGCCAAGGGAAUUUGUUCAUCGUCCAACCAAAUUCUCCUCAAAAUCAAACACCUUUUCCCUUCUUUGGCGAAGGCCUUCUUGAGCAUCUGUAAUGAGACCUCAAAGAAUCAGUUUUUUGGUCUAAGGGAUUAUUACAGCCUGGUCAAAAUGCUGUUUGCUGCAGUCAAAUCUACACAACAAGAACCAGAUGGUGGACAGUUGGUAGAGGCCAUCUUGCGUAAUUUCAGUGGACAGCCAGAGGGCUUUGAUUCUGUCAUAUUUUUCCAAGAGGUUUUCCAAAACCUUGCAGAAAUACCCAGACCAGGUACCUUGCAAAUGGUGAAAAAGAAUCUUGAUCACGACACUGACCAGGAGAGCCGUUAUCUCCUUUUGCUGACCACUAAUAACGCAGCACUUCAUAUCCUUCAGCACCAAAUCUUUGCCAAAGGAGACUACGCAUCACCUGAAAUAGUCUUUGGCUCUGGAUUCCCAAAGGACCAGGAAUACGCCCAAAUCUGCCGUAAUGUGAACCGGGUGAAAACAUGCAUGGAGACUGGGCGCACAGUCAUCCUCCUCAACAUGCAGAAUCUUUAUGAAAGCCUGUACGAUGCCUUGAACCAGUAUUAUGUUUAUCUCAGUAAGCAGCAAUACGUUGAUCUAGGACUGGGCUCCCACAGAGUCAAAUGUCGUGUUCACACAAACUUUAGACUGGUGGUAGUGGAGGACCAAAAGAAGGUGUAUGAGCACUUUCCUGUGCCUCUCAUCAACAGGCUUGAAAAACAUAGGGUGGAUAGGAGUACCGAUCUGGAGCCAUGGCAACACAGGGUUCUCCACAACCUGAGGGAGUGGGUGAAGGAAUUUGCGGGUGAGGCCUCAAGGGAUUUUAGGUUGUCUGACAUUUUUGUUGGCUUCCAUGGUGAUGCAUGUGCCAGUGUUCUCUUGCAAGCACUUGAAAGGAGAGCGCACAAAGUUGGAGACAGUCGAGGAAGACAACAUCAGCAGGGCGAAAAACACAACUCAUUGGAAGAAGAAGAUGGACAAAACAAAACACUUGCAUCAACUUCUAACAGACAGAAAGAGGCAACUGAGAGGGAGGGUGAUCAGCUGCGUGAUACAGUGGUCAUAGAAACUGAUUUAAUAGAAAAGAAUGAUGACAAAUCCACUGAGAUAUGUGAUGACGAUGACAAAGUGAUGUCUGAGAGUGAAGAAAUGAUGGAGACCGAAAGCGACAUUUGGUCUUCUGAGGAAAAUGAGGAAGAAGUAGUCUUGAGUUUAGCCAAGAGUUUCUUAUUGACCUGUGCGACCCCUGACGCUGUGGUGAGGCUCAAAUAUUCAGAUUUAGCAAACCAGGAAAAGGAGGAACUCCAGAGAAUGUACUUCCAACAACAGCAUCACCACUCACUGAGAGAUUUCCUGGAAGAGGCCUUGAACAAGCAUGAGGAGUCCAGCAAGUUUAUAGAGAUAACAACAUUCUCCAGCUUGUUAACCAGAGCAGAUGUCAAGGUUGUAGCUCAUGCUCUAGGACUGCUUGCAGACAGGAUACUCCUGCUCUCUCUUCACCAGUUUGACACUGAGGUCUCCUUCUAUAACAAGAUACGGGGCUUCCUCCAAGAUGCUGGCCCCUCUCUUCAUAUCCUGUUAAUCCAGAUGGACCUUGAGGAAUCACAUUGCAGUGAUGAGCUUAUAGCAUCAGCAAAAUAUUGCACCAUAAAUUACCUGAUGUCCCUGGAGGAGAAGACCUGUUGGGUGAUUUAUGUUGUGAAGGUGUCCAGGAUCCCAAGUCACUCUCAGUACAUUGGUUUUCAAGGAGGAGCCUGGCACUCCAUGCAUAUUGAUGACCUGAGGGAUUCAGAGGACAUGAGCCUGAACCUGUUGGGUUUCUGCGGAACUCUAAUUAGCAGCUUGCUCAGGCCUACACUGUCAGAACACCAUGAAGAUGGAGAAAUUGAGAGGAACAGAAAAGACUCUCAGGGAGAUAGAGCCCAGCUCCACAGCCUGUCCUUAGUGAGGUCAUGCAUCCAAAAAGCUGUGGGUUUGCUGAGGGACCCCGAUGACAUAACGCCACGAAGCAUGCGGCGGAUUCACAUCCUUCUGAGCCUUCUAGGAACUGGUCAAGGACACAGAGGAGCUCCUUUUCAGAGGGUGUUGUUGAGCAGACUGACCGAGGCCCUGGCGCAGAGGGAGGAGAGGAUGGGCUCUCCUAAAGAGUGGGUGAGCAUAGAAGCCAAGAAGCGCCAGGCUCUACAAGAGGGGGGAACUCUCAGACACACCCUGUGGCGCUGCCUUCAGUCCACCAUGACUCCGAUCUUGGCCAACAUGUUGGAAGUUAUGGACAGGUAUGCGAAUCUGGACCUGCUCUUUGACGAAAGGCUCAGCCAGGGCCAGGUACAGCUGUGGUUGGACAUCCUGGGAGAUUCACAGAUUUUAAACCUUACACCUCUCCAGAACCCAAGUGAGUCAGACCAGGAAGUGCUUGUGCAGAAUUACUUCCUGUUGGAUGGUGAAGGACAACCGUGUGCGGCCCCGUUCAGCUGGAUCAUCACAAUGCACCUUGAGAGCCAGUGGGAAGAAUCAGAACUUAUGCCAGUAAUAAAAGAGGAUUGCACAGCAAGGAUUCUCCAGUUUGUGAGCACCUUCAGCAGCAGCAGGCUGGGCAGUCACUUACAGAAACUCUCCAGCCAGGAGCGGCUGGAGCACUGCCAUCACUAUCUGCAAGACUUUCUGCUGCUUUAUUUGAAGAUCAAGUCAAAGGGCGAGCUGCGGGUGUUCACCAGGGCCCUGCUGGGCUGCGUGUCUGAGCUUCAGAUGUCCAUGGGUGUCGAGCUCAGCCUCUCUCCUGCCUGGAUAAUGGCUGCUGCCAAACAUUUUGCCCCCCGACUGGACACUCUUUGCCACAUAUUUCUGCUGCAGCCCCAGCUAGCCACCGAUGUCUCUCAGCAGGGGUCAAAGAGGGACAUCCAAGAAAUGGUGGAGGACGUUUUAGCUCUUGGUGUCUGCGUUGAGCAAACCAAGCUUCUGGCUGUGAAUUCCCUGCAAGAGUGCGAGUCCUUUGUGAGCAGAGUGGAGUUUCUGCAGCCGUGUCUGGAUAGAGCAUUUGCUCAGAAGUACAGUACCCUCUGUAGCCCUGGCUGUCUGCAGCAUCUGGACUCCAUCAGGUCACUGUGGCGUGGGAUGCUGGUUGUUGCAUCAUUCAUCCAGCACGUUGUUUUAAAAGUUCAGCAGAAUGACUCCAGACUGGCAGAACUGGCUCUCAAACACUGCAACCUUCACCUAAACCUGAUGCAGGAGUCUCCAGAUGUGAUGAGCAUGGACACACUGCGGCAACUGAUUCGCAUCCUCAAUUCUUUCCACAAUGAGUGCAUCAGCAGAGAUCUCAGGUUUGGCAUCUCCUGCCCAGUUUGCCUGUGUGAGCUCAAAGAGCCGUCCGUCCUGCCGUGCCAGCACGUCUUCUGUCUGCCGUGUCUCCAGAACUGCAUUCAGAGACACAGUGGCUCCUGCCCUAAAUGCAGGGCAGCGCUGCCACCCAACUUCAAGCCAGCUGUUUCUCACACCAUCAAGGCAGCACUUGAACAGCACGCAACGAUCAGGGGCUGCUGUAACUCCUUCUUCCUGGAGGUGGUGUCCAGGUUCUGUCUGUCAGAGGGGCAGAGGCCUGGAGAGGGAGUGGUGGAGCUCCUCUUCUCUUUGCUGGUCUCUGCCAAUGGAGAUGUGUACAGGACCAGAGAGCUCACGCCCUUCCUGGAGUGUGUGGACAACAGUCCCGUGGUGCGAUCCGUGCUGCCGAAACUGCUGCUACAGUACAGCUUUGACCAGGUGAAGGCCCACAUUCACACCUACCUGAAGAACCUGGAGGAGAACCUUCUGGGCAGAGAGGACCGCACUGAACUCUACCUGCUGUUUGUUAAUUGCUUUCAGGACUCUCUGCUGUGCUCAGAAGUGAGAGAAGCAGAACAGAGUAGAGAACAGCACAGGCAGGCAGAGAUCCAAUUCCUGAGCAGAGUGGCCAGGAAACAGAGUCCAGACAGACAAGAGGACCCGGCAGAGUUCCUGCUCAGCGUAGCCAGGCUGAGAAUAUGCCUGAGCACUGCUGCCCGUCUGCUGAAGGAAGCUCAAGGCAAAACUGGAGAGGUGGACAAUCACUACCUGCUGCAGGUGAGAGCGGUGUGUGAGUACUGUGGUAAUGACUGGCACAGAGUUUACCUGCUGCGAGCCCUCCACAGACUCACUGGUAUGGACUGCAUACUGUCCCUGAUGAACAGUCCGGCCUGGAGGUGGGUCUUCCCUGCAAAACUCCUGCAACUUCAGAGGAUGUUUCCGACCAAUGUGGACCAGUUCCUCUGCUGUGGGACGCCUUACCGCGCUGUGAGAGAUGCUGUGGUCCGGGUUCUGUUGGAGAACAGAUCGGACGCCUUCAUGACGGAGCUACAGAAGCUGAGGGGUUCUCAGAUCAGCCUCCUGGCCCUGGCCCUGUUCAGACACGUCACCUGCUGUUACAGAUCUCCUGACGGCAUCAUGCGACCCUCCCCAGAGAAGACAGCGAGACUGGAAGAACUCCUCAAAAACACCAGACCAAGGGAGUUUAGAGAGUUCUGCACUUCGCUCCUGUCCAAUCAGAUCGGUGGACUGGGCUCGCACCUCCGCGUCCACAAAGAUCUUUCGACCCAGAGACAGACCCUCCUGGAGCUGCUGGUCCAUCUGGGCUCAGUGCUCCUUGGUGGAAAUGCUCUCCUGGCUCCUCUCUGCCAGAUCGCCUCCCAGCCUCAGAAUGUCACAAACUCCUUUCUGCCAACGAUGCCCGAUGAUCACACGAGCGAAGCCAGACAGUGGCUGAGUGAGAAGAAUGUAGUGAUGUACACCUGUGCCAAAGGACACCCGUGCGUCGUGGGAGAGUGUGGCAGACCAGUGGUUACAUCCAAGUGUCCAGACUGUGGAAUUCUAGUUGGUGGGGAAAGACAUGUCCCAGUGUCUGGGUUUAGUCGACAUACAGAACAAAGAGACCAAACCCGAACAGGACACAUACUGGGAGAGGCUAGCCAACGGUCUGAAGCCCCUGAAAGACAGAUGACUUCUGCUCAGUCCUACAUCCUGCGGCUGCUGAUGCACCUCGCCAUGCUUCAGGGCGCCAUAAAGAAUCACACAGGAGUUGCUGACAUGAUCCACCCCAGGACGUAUGAUGUGUCCAGCUUCCUGUGGAACCACCUUGAAAAGGACAUGAGUGUGUUGGGCCAGACUUUGAAUCAGAACAUUGACAACACAGCGGUUACAGUCCAUCUGAUUCUCAAUGCCAGCACAAAAUUCAUUACUGAAGGCUCCCUCAGCACGACACCUGACCUGUCCUCCAGACAAGGACGACAGCAGUGGGAGAAGCUCGUCUGUCGUUCCAUCAUCAACCCAGUGCUUCAAGAUUUGAAGAAGAAUCUGGCCAAAGCUCAGGACAGAAUUAGCGAUGACGGUGGCCUUGCUGGCAGCCCCCUGAUGACCCUUCUCUUUGGCGAUCCUGGUGACAUGUUGCUUCUGCCCUCUGACUGCCCGACGCAUCGCUCCUCCUUCUGGAUGCUCCCCGAGAUGAUGACAGUGGAGCGAUUCUCUCAGUUGCUGGGAGAAGCGCAGGGACACAGCCGUUUACCUCUGCUGAGCAUGUUUCUCUCCAAGAUACACUGUGUGAGACAGUUACAUCACCUGCCUGAGCUGGCUGCUUUACAGUCCGACCUGCUGAGGGUGUUUUGUCAGACAUCAGGCUCUGCGCCUCAGACCAUAGCACAGAUGUUACAGCAGAUACCAGCAGGAUACCAGAAGAAGACGCUGCUGGAGAGAGUGGCCCUGUUCAUCCGUGUGUGGAACUGCCUCAGAGUCGAGGUGGCAAACAACUCAGCAGACCUGGGUGUGGAUGUGAAGUUGUGUGAGAAGGAGGUGACAACCGAGAGCUCUGGGGAGUUUCUGACGCCAUGCCGACACGGGCCGGGGUCGUGUCUCCGAACUCUGGUAGACUUCCUGUCAGAGACUCACAACAGCCUGGUGCGAGUGGCCAGGAGCGUGAGCCGCCAGGAGGACAGUGACUACAGUGUUCCUUUAGAGAGCGUAUCAGAAACCCAGCUAACCCUGUGCCACCCAGAAAGAGAACUGCUACCUUUGAUUUUAGCCCACUGCCACUACACCUUGAAGAAAGGCGGUGAGACUGACAGUAGCUAUGAUCUGCCAGGGAUCCAGACCCAGCUGGCCCGCUGCUUCCUGGCUGGGAAACCACUUAUCCAAGCGGACACCUCAAGGUACCUCAAUAGACACCUGCAGGAUUUCUCUGUGGUUCUAUCCGAGAUCAGGGGGAAGAUUUGUCAGGAACCGCUGAAGGGUUCAGUGAGCAGCACCGUGCGAGCUGUGCUGCGUUCGUACACAGAUGUUUGUGAUGCUGUGUUCGUGCUGGAGAUUGGACUUCGCGUCCUUGGCAAGACGGGUGGGGAUCCUCAGGGUCAGCUGUUGUCCUACCUCACUGAUUCUCUGCUCAUGGGCCCACAGAUCUCCAGCACUGUAGCCAAGAGUCUUGGAGAAAGCAAACUGGAACACUGCAUAUUCACCUGGCAGCUCCUGACCUGCUGGAAAUCUGAACUUAUGCUGAAGAGAAAGCAAGACCCGUUUCAGAAACUACCAUCAGAGUUCCAGCAGAAGCUGUCUGAGGAGGAGAGGAAAAGGCUGAAGAUGUUCCUCAUGGUCACGGAUGUUGACACUUUCUCCUUGGAACUGCAUGAAAUUCUGCUGCUGAAGACGAGCAACGCCGUGCCUGACCAGGGUUACUAUCCACAAUGGGACAUCAGGUCAACCUUAGAGAUCCAUUUGGAGCGGAAAGACCUUCCACCUCUGCUGGGGCUCGAGUCUUUACCAGAGGAGAUCACACUGGGACAAGGAGCUGACGUGUGGAGAGCAGCUGUCGAGUUUAAAAGAAGCUGAAUUAUUUCAACAGAGAGCUGAAUUAUGUUUUUUGUGAUUUUGGUUGUUAUUAUCGUUUAACAGAGAAUAUCAGAAUUAAGACCGACUGUCAGGAAUUAAAUCAUUCCAUAUGUGGACCAAAUGGACCCACUGGACACAGGCCCAGGGGUCCACUCUGUAUGAACGAACUUCUAAUAUUUAUUUGGAAGUCAGAAAGCUCAAGUAAAAACACAAAAUUAUUAAAAAGAUGCCCAAAUAUCCCAAACAAAGGCAUAAAGGGACACAAACUGACUACAAAAGUACAGACUCAAAACACCUACAAAAAACUGAAAAUUUAUUACAAAGAGAUGCAAAACUACCACAGAGACAUAAAAUGACCACAAGAGCCAAAGAACACAAAGGAACCACAAAGGGAUGCAAAACAACCACAGAGACAUGACACACAGUCAUUUUGUGUUUCCUUCAGGUCGGGGGUCCUGUUUGGGCCCGUGGAAGCCAUUUACCUGUCUGUGUCCAGAUGCCCAUCUGCUCAUAACCUGUCUAUGAUUCCAUAUGAUAAAAGGCAUUUCAGUUAAUUGUGCCUUUCUCUAAUGUAGAUAUUGUAACUGACUAAAUUUUGUUUAAGGUUCAAAUAAGAGAGGUAAUAAUGCUUUUAUUCAUUUUGUUAUAUUUAAUCUGUCAAUGAGGUGUCAGAGGACAAUCAAUAAAAGCACUAUGGAAGAAAA